GGCGUGCACGCGCGGGUGAUGCGCUAGCCAUGAUCUCGCAGAAGCUAUCGUACGGCGACGUGCCGACGUCCGCGUCGCUGUCCACGCUGUCACCGGGCCUCGCGCCACCUUACGUGAACGGUAUGGGCUGCAUGCCAGCGCAGCCUUACCCGAAUCUCUACUCCAACAAUAUGGUCGCCAGCGGCUCCUGCAUGGGAUCCCCCGGCGUGGGAUACUCGCCCCCGAGCACCAUGGCGUCCUGUAUGGGUGGCGGCGGAGCCGUGCCCUACGGCGCCCUGCCGAGGGAACAGGAAGCUGCCUCACCGACAUCGGCUCUACAGCGAGCGCGCAAUGAUAAAACUUACCGCCGCUCCUACACGCACGCGAAACCACCAUACUCCUACAUAUCGCUCAUCACGAUGGCCAUCCAGAACAACCCAUCGCGCAUGCUAACUCUCUCGGAAAUCUAUCAAUUCAUCAUGGAUUUGUUCCCAUUUUACCGCCAGAACCAGCAACGCUGGCAGAAUUCAAUCCGACAUUCGCUGUCCUUUAACGAUUGUUUCGUGAAAGUGCCACGGACGCCAGACAAGCCUGGGAAAGGCUCGUUUUGGACGCUACACCCGGACAGUGGAAAUAUGUUCGAAAACGGCUGCUUUUUGCGGCGGCAGAAGCGCUUCAAAGAUGAAAAGAAAGAGUCGAUAAGGCAAGCGCAGAAAGCGGCUCACACGCACGGACACCACGGCAGUGGGCACGACAAACGGGAUCACUCCCACGAAAAGACUUCAGUCGGAGGCGGCACAGGGGAAGAAAAAGAGAUGCGUGAUGAGCUGUUGGCGCAGUUACAUGCGGCACCCGAGCUGUGCCUGCCCGAGCACACGCCGCUAGCGCUGGAGCACUACGCCCAGCUGAAGCAGGAGCCGACCGGCUACGCGCCCGCGCCGCACCCGUUCAGCAUCACGCGGCUGCUGCCGGGCGCUGACACCAAGGCGGACCUGAAGAUGUACGACGUGAACUAUGGGUACGGGCACGCGCCGGCUGACAACUACUACCAGUCGCCGCUGUACCACCACCACGCGCACGCCCACCCACAGCCGCCCUUGUGACAGUAUCCGCUGGCCUAGGCCCGCGGGCCCUGGCCUCGCCGGGUGGCCCAAACGCCUUCAGGAACCAGCGAACUUCUCUUCAAAUAACGGACUCCAUGUGAGCGUGUUGUGUUCUUGUGAUAAGGUAGCGUUGUAAAUUGUGUACAUAUUCAGGCCGUGAGCGUAUCGACGCACGGGCGGCGGCCCCGAUAGGCCUAACUGUUAGUGGACUCUCGGAAGUGUCCUUUGUAAUUUUGCACGGACGCCCAUUCAUAUACCACUUACGAUUAUCGAAUUUAGAAUUAAUACGUUAGUCCAAAUUAUCUUGCACAUGAUACUAAUUUCAAACUCGCAUUACGCUACGAAUGAACUAAUUUUUAUGUCUUAAGUGAAUCCGCCCAAAACAAUAAUAUGAUAUAACAAGUAAUGACAACAACAAUUCGAUCGAUAUUAUUGCUAUCGAUAUUAUCUUUACCUAUUGAUAUUUCGAUAAACUAUCGGGCGCGUUGAAAUCUUUUAUUUGUGUCAACAAACUUGAACUUAAAUACGCAUAUCAAAUUUUAAUAAAUAAAUAUUAUUUCGCAAUCGAUGUACAUUACUUGAAUGUGAUUGCGAGUAUCUAAUCUCAAAGUAUAGUGGAAUAAACUGAACCAUCAGAGGAAUGGGUACGUACGAAUUUAUAUAAAGUUUUUUUAUUUAUUACGAUACAAUGUAAACGAGCAGGUUUCGCGUAUAAAGAUUGGUAUAUCAAUGUGCGUUACGGGUGAUGUCAUAUCGCGGACAGAACUGUGCAAUGUUGUUUGUUUUAAAUGUGUAUAUUAUAAUUAAAUUAAUAGAUAGACGAAAUGGAGUUAUAGUCCUUCGACCAUCGUAUAGGCGUAGUUAAGUUUUGUAUAUAUAGUUGUAAGAUAAAAUUAUAUAUUGACUUUAAAUAUUAUGGUGUUUGGUGUAAGAUAGGUACCUAUCUACGCUUCCGCACAUUCCACUUAAAUAUAUAUUUAUAUGCAAGUUUCAAUUUAGCAUUUUAAUAUAAUACUUGAUAGACGUACAAAUUGUUUCAUUAUUUACACAUAUUAUUACUUUUGUAUCAAAACGCUUGUCUUUUAAAUUGUCGAUAAAGCAAGUUAAAAUUGAAUUAUUCUUUGCUCUUUUGACAAGUGAUGUGUGCGUCAUGAACAUUAAACAUAGCAAUGACGGUCACCUUGGAGGUUUUAUUUUUAUCAAGCCUUGUGUAAUGGCCUUAAGAGCUGUUAAGAUCAUCUUGAAUUCGUUAAAUUGUGUGCCAUAUUCAAUACUGUUUCGACAUGUUAUAUAAUAUCUAUCGAGCAAAUAUUAUUAUUUACAAUGGAAAAUAACGCAUAUGCGUAGGUGAAAAUACUGAUAUUUUAUAGUGUAAUUCUAUUUAAAAAUUGUAAUAGAUUUCAUUAAAUUUGUACGUUUGUCAAACAAUAGCUUGAUGUGAUUUAAAUAAAUGAUUAGUUAUGCUAAAUUUAACCUUGUAGUUAUAAAUACAUAUUAAUGUCAUUUACUCGAAUCUAGAUAGGAUACUUAUAUCAUCUGUUAGUUCCAGAGUUAAUAAAAUUAAGUUUACAAAAAAUG